AUGGAAAAGGCUUUAGAACAAGCUUUGGAUCGUGCGGAGUAUGUCAUUGAAAGUGCGCGGCAGAGACCCCCUAAACGUAAACAGUCAUCCAGUGGGGGAAAAUCUCUCCAUGACAAACUGUAUGACCUCUAUGUCGAAGAAUGUGGAAAAGAGCCUGAGGUUACAGAGGAAUUAAUAAGCAAUGUGAACUUGUUAGAAAAGCUUGUUCAGAGGGAGUCCUUGUCCUGUUUGGUGGUCAACCUGUACCCAGGAAAGGAGGGCUAUUCGCUGAUGCUCAAGGGACCAAAUGAACCACAUUCAGAGACCAUUCGACUGCCUUAUGAAGAAAGGGCAUUUCUAGAAUACCUAGAUGCAGAGGAAUUGCCUCCUGUAUUGGUGGAUCUCCUGGAAAAGUCCGAGCUGAACAUUUUUCACAGUGGGUGUGUCAUAGCAGAAGUUCGGGACUAUAGGCAGGGCAGUAAUGCGGUGCCCCCUGGUUACCAGAGCAGGCACGUCCUCCUCCGCCCAACGAUGCAGACGUUGGCCUGCGAUGUACAGUCCAUAAGCAGUGAUAACCAGGAAUGGACUCAGGAAGACAAACUGUUACUUGAGAGCCAGCUGAUCUUAGCUACAGCUGAACCCCUGUGUCUUGAUCCUUCUGUAUCAGUAGCCUGCAUUGCAAACAGGCUGCUCUAUAACAGGCAAAAGAUGAACACUCCGGCGAUGAGAAGGAACUUCAAGAAGUAUUCCACAGCCUCCCUGAAUGUGCAGCAGGAGCCAUCUUGUAGUCUGGACCCUCACAACAAAAGUGAGGGCAGUCAGGCAGCUCAGCAGGAUAACCUCAAAAUUUUCAAAGCAGAAAAAUGUGUGGAUAUGUGGAACCAGAGACCCUGUGACUUGGCAGUCCCUUCUGAGGUGGAUGUAGAGAAAUAUGCUAUAGAGGAGAGGUCUGUCAAAUACAAUGACUCACCACUAACAGUUUGGCCAGCCUAUGGUAUAAAUGAUGAUAUUUCUCUAUUUGGAUAUGAAGCUGGUGAUCAGUCCCAGACCACAGAGCUGACCUUCAUGCGGUCUCUUGGUGAUCCACUUAUCUCUGGACAAACUUCACCCAAAAAAGCCAGUUGUGGGAGACAGAUGUCUCCCUGCCACUCCUUGAAAGAUGACCAUUGCUAUAGUUUGAUGCCUGAGUCUAACAUUGACACUGGGGAAGAAGUACAGAGUCUGUUCGAGGAACUGGAGCCACUGAGUGUCGAAUGUGCCUUCGAGGUGUCACCAGGCUCCAGCGGCUCAGCCCCUCAGAGCCAGCUUUCUCCAGAGAAAGAAGAAGCACAGCCUUUAGACAUGUCAGCUCAGUCUUCAGUACCUGGGGAGGGAGUCCAGUGCACCCCUCCACCCAUCAGUCUUCUCUCCAGCUCAGGAGAAAGUUCUUCAGGUAGUGACAGUUUGACUCCCCAACCCAAAAGCAGCUUUCAUAAAUCAGUAUCUCCUAUCCCUGCUCCAAUGCCACCAAGUCUUCUCCAGAAAUCCUCUGUGGAAGUGAACCGUGUUAGCACACUUCCUACAGCCACCCUGUGCACUGCCAGCCCAGCACAAACAACCCCAGCCAGCCAGGUCAAGGCCAAGUAUGCUGGCCCCAAUUUUAUCAAACUGGCAGGCCCUGUUCCUGCAGCCCAUACUGUGGUGAGAGGUCCCAAUUUCACAAAGGGCUCUACUGCUAGGGUCAGGCCUCCUGUACCAAUCAAGCCCAAAGUCCAAUCCUCAGAAGAUCAGCAGCUACCAAAUAUACAGCCUGCUGUACAACAGGCCCCUUCACAAGGUAUUCAAUAUAUUUUUAAAAAUGUUUCAGAAGCCAGGCCUGUAACACUACUCCAGCUUCCACCAGGUACACUCAUUUUGAACACUCAGCAGCAGUCUCAGCAACAGCCACAGCAACAGCCACAGCAGAAGCCACAACAGCAGCAGCCUUGUAAACAACCACAGCAGCCUCAGCAGCAGCAGCAUCAGCAGCCACAGCAGCCUCAGCAGCAUCCACACCAGCCUCAGCAGCAGCCUUGUCAGCAACCACACCAGCCUCAGCAGCAACCACAGCAGCCAUGGCAGCAGCCCCAGAAGCAGCCCCAGAAGCAGCCUCAACAGCAGCCAUGGCAGCCUCAGUGGCAGCCUCUUCAUCAGCCAGGGCAGCAACCACAGAAGCAGCCUCGUCAGCUGCCACUGCAGCCUCGGCAGCAGCCAGGGCAUCAGCCACAACAGCAGCCAAGACAGCAGGUACAGCAGCAGCCUCAGCAGCGGUCUCAGCAGCCACGAUGGCAGCAGCCACGGCAGCAGCCAUGGCUGCAGCCACGGCAGCAGCCAUGGCUGCAGCCACGGCAGCAGCCACAGCAGCCUCAGCAGGUGCCACAGCAACAGCCUCAGCAGCAGCCAUGGCAGCCUCAGCAGCAGCCUCAACAGCCUCAGCAGCUUCAGCAGCAGCCUUGGCAGCAGACAUGGCAGCAACCACAGCAGCCUCAGCCGCAGCCAUGGCAACAGCCACAGCAGUUCUAUCAGUUGAUUCCACAACUUCAACAACCUAUAUAUUAUAUUCAACAGUCAGUGCCACAGCAUUCAAAUGUGCAACGUUCAACCCAUCGAAGAAUGAUCUUACCUGCUCAGAAAACUGCUAUUGCUCACCUCAAAAGACUUAGAAGUAAUCUGCAGCCCCAGAGAGCACUGGGAUCUCAACCAAGCUGUACCCAGACAAGACCUGGGCAAAGCCAUACCCAGCAAAGGGUCCAGCUCCCCUCUGUCUUGCAGCAGCAGCCGCAGCCCCAGCAGGUACAGUUGAGAGUCUUGCAGUUCCCUGUGCCUGUGCCAACUGUAGCAACCCAAAGAGCUCAGCCACAUCAUGGCCAGAAGGCAGCAAGCCAGUCAAAAGGUAAAAUGAAUAGAGGCCUACCCAACACUCCUAAAUCAUGA